AUGGAAUCUCAGGCAAUAGACCAGAACGAAGCUACACCGAAAGAGAGCCCUGAAGAAGUAGCCGAAGAAACCCCCAAGAAGAAGGGCAAGAAGAACAAGAAGAAGCGCAAGUCUACCGUCUCAUCGUCCGACCCUCCAGCUGAGCUGGAGAACGAGUCCGAGGCAGCCAAACCCGAGGAGUCUGCCCCCGAGCAAGAAGCCACUGAGACUGCUUCCCCGGCGCAACCCGAUGACCAAGACCCCACAGCUGUUGCUGAAAGCCAGGAUGUUCGCGAGGAGCAGCCCUCUGAACCAAAAGAGGAAGACGCCGUGCCCGAAGCAAUGGAGAGCGAGACAAUUAUCCCGGUGGUGAAAAUUCCGAGCCUUGACGCCAAUGAUGCCGAGCAGCCCAUGCCCGUUCUCGAGGAGAAGCCGGCCGAACCUGAAUCUAUGCCUGAACCCGAGUCGCAGCCCCUGUCCCAGCCCGAAGUGGAAGAAGAGAAGGAGAAGGAGCCGACGGGCAAAAAGGGCAAGAAAAAGAAGUCGAAGAAGAAGAGUAUCGCUGCCGUGCCGGACGAGACCGAGGCUGCACCUGAGCCCUCUCCGGACAGUGCUGUCGCUGAUGUUUCCAAGGAUGUGGAGGCAAGCGCUUCUCCUGAAUCUAUUGUACCCGGGAAUAACCAAGAACUUGCUCAAGAGAAGACAACAGCCGAAAGCGAGCCUGCUUUGGAAACUACCGAUAUAUCUAAAGAUGUGGAUCUAGGUGAUUCUCUCGAAGCCAAUGUUCCCGGGGACAGCCAAGAGCCAGCCCAAGAUAAGCCCGUGGAAGCUGAGCCAUCGGCCGAGACAGCUGUAGAGGGCACAAAAGACAUCGAGGACCAACCUGAAGAGUCUAAACCUGAGUCCCUGGAGCAGCCUCAAGAACAAUCUACGGAACAACCCCUGGGGCAACCGACUGAAGAGCCCCUCGAACAACCCAAGGAGUCCGAGCCAGCCGAAUCCGAAGUCCCCAUGACCGCCGCUCAAAGAAAGAAGGCGAAGAAACAGAAGAAAAAGAAGGAUCGCCAAUCUGCUUCCCUAGAGGAGGCGGGCACGGAGACGACUCCCAUUGAGGUCUCUGCAGAAACAGACCCUAGUUCUACUGCAGAGCCGCCUACAGGGACUCAAGAGUCUGAAGAUGCCCGGGUUGUUUCCGAGGAGGCGCCAGUCGUGGAUGACAAGCAAGAGAAGCAGGUGGAGGACAUUGCGCCUACUACAGAAGACUCGGAAGGUCCACGGGCUGUUUCAGAUGACCUACCUAAAUCAGAUGACAAGGUUAUGCAGCCGGAUGGGGAGAUGCAGGGAAUUGCGGAAUCGAACAUCCCAACUGAGGAGUCUAUUCCGUCUACUGAGCCUCUGCCUCAGCCCGAGCAUGAGCAGCAAGAAUCCGCAGGUACUACUCACGAGGCUACGCCUACGACCUUGCCUACGGAUGACCAAGAGAGUUUCCAACCUGCACAGGAACAACCUACAGAGGAAGCAGCUGCUGUAGAGACCCAGGAGCCGAUUUCAGUGCCCGAAGAGUCCCCGGAGACUGUGACUCAACCUGCCGAUAUCGACCCCAAGGAUGAGGAUGUUGCAGUCGGUGCUGAAAAGGACGAGCGUACAAAGUCGGACCCCGAUGAGAUUGCGGAAGGGGUAUCCAAGGACGUUGUGUCGCCCGCUCAGGAACUCCUCGAGGGAGAGACACAGGAGGAGCCUGUCAAAGAGCCAGCAACUCAAGAGGGAGCUGCCAAGGAAGAGCCAGUCAAUGAAUCAGCCCUGGAAAAACCCGUGCAAGAUUCCGCACGAGCGGUCUCAGAAAAAGUCAAGGACGAGCCGGUCGUGGAUGAACACGCACAACAAGAGCCCGCACAGCAGGCAACACAGUCGGAAGAGUUGAAGGAGGAGACAGCUCAAGAACAUACUCCAACCGAUAUUGAUCCGAUCAGUACGGAAGCUUCCUCCGAGCAAGUCGAAGGCCAAGACAACACCACUACCACUGAAAAGAACGUCCCUGAAUCUGCGCCAGAGGAGAUCCAGUCUGAGCCUUCUACAAAGUCUAAGAAGUCCAAGAAAAAGAAGAAGAAGUCUCAGUCUGGUCAGGCCACCCUUGAAGAGGUCAAGGAGUCCGUGGCUGAGGAGCCAGUGGCAGAGGAACCGGCGGCAGAGGAACCAGUUCAAGUGGAGCCAUCAGAAAAAGAACCAGAGAAGGAGCAGCAGGUGCAAGAACCAGCUCCCGAAACUUCUGAACAGACCCAAGUCGACCCGAUCAGCACCGAAGACUCCGAAAAGGUGCCAGGCGAAGAAGAUACCGCUCCUGUUGACACGGAGAAGGGCAUCACUGUAGCUACACCUGAAGACACUCAGCCCGACGACACCCCUGCGACUUCCAAGAAGUCAAAGAAAAAGAAGAAGAAGUCAAAAUCGGGACAGGCUACACCGGAUGAAGUCAAUGAGUUAACGCAAGAGGAACCGGUGAACGAGAAGCAGGAGGCAGUUCAAGAGCCAGUUCAAGAGCCAGUUCAAGAGCCAGUUCAAGAGCCAGUUCAAGAGCCAGUAAAUGAGGUCGUUCAGGAGCAGCUCCCAGCUGACCUGACCAGCGCAUCCGAGCAGGCCCAACGCGAAGAUGCCCUUCCUGCCGAGGAAAACGACACGGCAACCACACCUGCGGAGACCCAACCUGAAACCCCACCUAUGUCCAAGAAAGAGAAGAAAAAGAGAAAGAAGAAGUCUCAAUCAGGACAGACUACUCCUAUAAGCGAGGUUGCCCCAGAGGUUGCCCCAGAGGCCUCAUCUGAUGCAAAGCAGGAGUCCUCCGAUACCCCUGAAGACAAGCAAGAUCCUCCUGUCUCUGAUACACAGGAACCCGCGCCUGAGGAGCUACACGAAUCGGCGCAGGAACCCACGGUCGAUGAGCGUCAAGCUGAUGAAGCCAAGACCAAGGAGGUACCCACGGUCGAAGAUUUCAAAACUGAAGAACCUAAGGCCGACGAAUUCAAGACUGAGGAGAAGCCCAAGGCAGAGGAGCCAAAGCUCGAGGAGCUCAAUACCAAAGAGGAGCCCAAGGCCGAAGACGAGACGCCAAUUGAGUCUGAGCCGAUAGACCUAGCAACUCCGACCAAUUGGCAACCUCUCCCCGAGCCAACAGAGUCUACCCCUGUUUCCGAGUCCACUGAGGGACCCCAGCCUUCCACUUCCAAGAAAAAGAAGAAGGACAAGAAGAAGAAGCGUCAGUCAACUUCAGUUGAUGAGAGUCUCCCUUCUCCUACGACCGAACAAACAAGCGAAACUCUGUCUGAGAAGCCACUCGAAUCCGAACCCGCUCUUGAACCUUCACAGGAGAUAUCUUCCACUGAUGUCGAAAAGUCUGAAGAGAAGGUGGUGCCUGAAGAUCUUACUCAAGAGUCAAAUGGCGAUGACACCAAUCCUGCAGAGUCCGCGGGCAUUGAAGAGACCGCUAAGACCCCAGAAGUCGUCGAAUCUCAAGAGACUGUGGAGACUGCUGAAGCUGUUCCGGAACCUCAAGAAGGAUCUUCUAAGAAGAAGAAGAAAGACAAAAAGAAACGCAAGUCCGUUAGCUUUGCCACUGAGGAGCCAUUAACGCAAGAACCUGAGCAGUCUACAUCCGAGGUCAUAGAGCCAGUUACUGCGACCGUUGGCUCUUCAGGCACGCCCGUUGAACAUGACCUCGGGGAUUCUCUCCAGCAACCGAGCCAAGAGAGUCAGGAUGGUGCGCCUACGGAUGAACCUCGCCAGAAGGAGUCCCUGUCUACUGAGUCCACGCAAGAGACUCUCGCCGCCUGCGAGUUGGAGAAUGAGAAGCCCAGCGAGGUCUCCACUCCACAAGAAGAGCAACCUCAAUUGCAAGCCGACUCUACACCCGAGGAGUUAGGGCACGCCACGGAGUCUUCUGAGCCCGUCCACGUACCAAUCGAGGAAAAGGUACCUGCAGAAGAAACCACUGGUGCUACGGCAAAAGAAUAUCCCCUCGGUGAUGCUGAGGUAUUCCUUAAGCCUGAUCAUGAGAAGACAGAAACAGACUUUGUCUCUUCGGAUGAAACUCAACAACAGCCCGACGCUGAAACUCCUGCUGAGCAGACUACUCCUGAAACAGUGCCCCAGGCUGCAGAAAACGGUGUCGAUGAAGUGACCGAGACUCCUAAAUCCAAGAAGUCGAAGAAAAAGAAGAAGAAGGCUUCUGAAGUAAGCGAAGAAGCUCCUGCAGAGACUCCAGAAUCUAGCAGCAAAAAGGCUCCGGUGGAAACGGAGAAGGUCCCUGAUACCCCGACUUCCGAAGAUGUCGCCGAGCCUGCCGCGGAUCCAGUUAUAGAACCUGUUGCGGAGCCCGUUGCGGAGCCCUUUGCUGAGCCCGUUGCUGAGCCCGUUGCUGAGCCCGUUGCUGAGACUGUCGCAGAGCAGGUCGCGGAGCCUGUGACCGAGCCUGAGAAGCCAGAGGACAAUGAAUUCGCAAACAUGUCUGCCAAGGAAAAAAGAAAGGCUAAAAAGAAGAAGAAGGCUUCGGCAGUAAUCGAAGAAGCUCCCACAGAAAUUCCAGAACCCAGCAGCGAAAACACUCCGGCGGAAACGGAGAAAAUUCCUGAUACCCUGGCCUACGAAGAGAUCACCGCAGAACCCGCUAUAGAGCCUGCCACGGAAUCUGCUGCGGAAUCAACCGCUGAGCCCGUCGCUGAACCUAAAAAGCCAGAGGAUGAUGAGUUCGCAAACAUGUCCGCCAAGGAAAAGAGGAAAGCCAAAAAGAAGAAGAAGGCUUUAGGAGUCGCAGAGGCUCCAGAGCCUAGCAGUGAAAAUACUCCGGUAGAAACGGAAAAGGUUCCUGAUACACCGGCAGACGAGGAGAUUACCCCUGAGCCUGUCGCUGAGCCUGUCGCUGAGCCUGUCGCUGAGCCUGUCGCUGAGCCUGUCGCUGAGCCUGUCGCUGAGCCUGUCGUUGAGCCUGUCGCUGAGCCUGUCGCUGAGCCUGUCGCUGAGCCUGUCGCUGAGCCUGUCACUGAGCCUGUCACUGAGCCUGUCACUGAGCCUAUCAAUGAGGCCGAAAAGUCAGAGGAUGAAUUCGCAAACAUGUCCGCCAAGGAAAAAAAGAAGGCCAAAAAGAAGAAGAAGCGGCAGUCGAAAAGUAUAGAUGUGGGAAAUGAUGGGAGUGCGCGAGAAACAAGCGAAGUCGAGACUCCUGCCGAAGUUGAACAUUCAGACCCUUCUCUUGAGACGGCAACUGCACCUGCUGAAGAUGACGGUAAACACAAUCAGUCCCACGACACCGGCGUACACGGCAAGAACGAUAAAGAUCUGACUUGGACUGAUGACAAAGUAUCUUCGCAGGUAGAGCAACGGCCACCGACUCCACCCGCUGAUAGUCCCCAGCCCGUGCCUGAACCCAACGAUCCCGAUUUGUCAUUUGCGUUGCCCAGUGUUGAGGGAAAGAUUGCUGAUCAUGAUGAUACGGGUGAACAAAUCCAAGCGUUCACAGGAAACGAAGAGGAAAGUGGUCAGGGAGGGCAGACAAUCGAAUCUAAAAUGUCUGCCGAGGGCUUCGAAAACAACGCCACCCAAACGACUGAUGCGGUAGCACCUACGCAUGAGGAGGCAGAUGGACCUAUACCUGAGCCUACAGUUACGGGGAAGUCUGAAGAACAACCGAAAUUAGAAACUUCCGAUCAACUAUCGGCGGGGGAAGCUGUGCAGGAAGAAAAGCUGGAUACGAUUGAGACACUACCCAUCACUGGCGAAAAGGAAGACGAUUCAGUGGCUAUCCCAGCCCCGAAGGUUCAAGAAGAUGUUGUUCUCGAGCCUACCGGUGAUAAAUCUGUGGGUGAAACGGAAGCGACAAGCGAGACCGCCCCGCCAGACACUGAUGCGCUUGAAUCCGCCGUGCCGUCAAGAAAGUUGAGUAAGAAGGAGCGGAAGAAGAAACAGCGCGAGGCGCAGAAGGAAGCAGACUUGUCUAAGGAAUCGGACACGCAGGGUCUUCCCGAGGUCAAGAACCACUCGGCUGCUUCGGUUGCUCCUGACACCGGUGACGGUGCAGAGACAUUGCCUGAAGCCUCCAUGCAGGAACCAAGAGAAGGGUUAAUUUCACAGGAGCACGUCGAGGACCAGCACGCCUCUGUUGAGGAUACGCUUCUCUCCGCCGGUGAUCAGCCAAUUAAUCCGCGGGCUUCCGAGGGCAAGGAAGAUACGGAGACAUUGUCCGAAGCUCCCGUACAGGAAGCCAGGGAGGAGCACGUCGAGGAAGCAUCUAAGCCAACUUCUACAGAAAUGGAGCUUCCCUCCUCCGAUGCCCAGACAAUCGAUUCAACGGCUUCUGAUGGCAUCAAGGAUACGGAAACAUUGCCUCAAGCGCCUGGGCCGAAGCUGGACCAAGAGAAGCACCUAGAAGUACAGCCUGACUUUGCAGAGAGCAAGGUGGAACCCGAAGCGGUCACGGAGGCACCUGAGACGGUUGCAAAUGAAGUACCUUUAGACUCAAACACUCCUACCGCUGCCGAGGUACCUCGCGAGGGUCAUAUGAAAAACAAUCUGGCUCCAGAGCCUACAGAGAUGGAGAUCCUUCCCGAGAACAACAAUGAUGACUCCGGGGCCGUGACUUCAUAUAAGGGGAAGAGCGAAGAGAACGAGACUGCUCAGGAGGGAACAAGGGAGCUUCCUCAGAUCGAAGAUGCGUUAGCACAGGCCGAAACUGCAAUUGACGAGGGAAAGACCAUGCAAAUUGAGACGGGAUUCGCCGAGCACAUGCAGUCACCUGAGGCGGACCGUGGGUUACUCUCCGAAGAGAAACAACCCACCCAGGACGAGACAAUCACUGCACCUGAAGUGGCAUCUAGUGAGCAGCCACAGCCAAUUACGGAUAACCAGCUUCCCGAAGAAAGUGCCCCGUCGGAGCCGUUAAGUCGAAAGGAGUCUAAGAAAAAGAAGAAGAAGGCGAAGAAAGACAGCAAGAAACACUCUGAGGAUGUUCCUCCUCCUUCUACUCCUGUUCCUGCUGAAACCAAGGAAACCGCGGCAGAGACAAAUACGACGGCGGCAUCUCCUGAAACCGACCUGCCUCUCGAAGAACCAGGGCCGGAACCAAAGGAGAUAUCUGAACGCGAAGUGCCCUUAGAGGGUGCGGUGGAGCCUCAAGAUUCUACGCCGAUAUUUGAAUCAGUUCCUGUUGAGGCACCUCUUCAAACAGACGAAAAAGCUCAAGAGGUGGCCGCAAUUACUCCAGAUCAAACCGUUCAGGAUCCCAUGGAAGAGCAGCAAGAGGCGUCUCGAGAAGACGACAGACUGGAAGAUGACGAAAAGCGUGUGCCAGCAGAGAGUGAAGCUGCUGGAAAGGGCAAUCUCCAUGCCGUUGAAGAACAUGUAGUUGGUGAUGAUUCUAAGAACAUCGAACCUGCAGAGUCUCUCUCUAGGAAGCAGUCGAAAAAGGAUAAGAGAAAGGCGAAGAAGAAGGCCAAGCAAGAGGUUGGGGAGACAGCGCCACAGUCGGAGCAAGUUCCAGAAGCUCUUCCGGAACCCAUUGAAGAGCAACAGCCUAAGCCCGAACCCGAGGUAGUUCCAGUGGCUCCUAAAGGCCUUACCGAAGAGCAGCCUGAGCCUAAACUCAACCCAGAGGGCAUGGGGGAACCAACCGAAGAACCGCCUGACGCCACUGAAACAGCCAUGGAGGGCUCAGAGGAACAGCCAACUGUUCAGCCUGUACCUGAGUAUGAACCGGCCCUUAGGUCUCCACGGGACAUUAUCGAAGAGCAGCCUACCGUCGAGAAAGCGCUUGUGGAGGAUGCGAAGCCCGAGGAAGCAGAACAGCCCGAGCCUGAGACAGUUGUGGAGACUACGAAAGAACUCACUGAAGAACAACCUGCCGUCCCGGAAACAGUAUUAGAUGAGAAGUCCCAGGAAGCAGGACGCUCUGAGCCCGAGGCAGCUGUGGAGGCUACUUGGGAGAUUGUUCAAGAGUACGAAACGCCGAAGGAUUCGGGGAAGAUGAGGGAUGAGCAACCGGAGCCCGAAGCGGCUCUGGAUGCUACGAAAGAACUUAGUGGAGAGCAGCCUGCCGUUCCGGAAACAGCGGCAGAGGAAAAGUCACAGGAGGCAGAACAGGCCCAGCUUGAUUCAGCCUCAGAGGCCCCCAAAGAAACUGUCGAAGGUCAACCUGCCACCACGGAGACACCAACUCAGGAUCCGGGGCUAGGAUCUAUCGAGGAUAACAACCUGGAUGAGAACCCUCCUUCGAGGACAUUGUCUAAGAAAGAGAAGAAAAAGAAGCGCAAGACAAACCAUAGCCAGGAGGCCAAUUCAUCGGAGAUUGGUGUUCCCAGCGAGCCUGCGACCGAUCUCGUCUCUAAACUAUUCCGUGCACCGGAAGAAUCGGAGGUUUCAGACCCCCGAUACUAUGCCCUUGAUGAUGACUUUUUGCCGUCCAUUGAUUGGGAGAAAGGUAAGAUCGAUUCCAACGAACCAUCUCCCCAGUCGUCGCCUGAGACUCGAGCUUCUGUUCCAUUUGAGCCAGGCAUUGCUGAAUUCGACGAAUCUGCUAUUCCAGAAGGUCUAACCGUACGAGUAGACAACUUGGCCGCUAAAAGGGGAAUGAGGGAAGCGCCAAGGGAUUUGGGACAUGAAGCGAUGAGCUCGAUCCCAGAAAAGCGAAGCAAGAAAGAUCUUGAUGUUUUACCACACAAGCACCCCAAAGUCACAAGCGUGUUCCCCGAUCUUGAACGAGGCUCAUUCCAACUUCCCCCACCCAUCCAAUUGUCCCAGCCAGUAAAAGAUGAGGCCGAGGAUGAGACCAUCGCCCACAAGCAGGUCUCGGAGGCGUCCAUUCCCACUGCCGACGACAAAGUUAGCGGUCACGCCCAGGAUUAUAUCACCUCCCGGGAGCCACAGAUCGAAAGUGUGGAUCGUGAGCUCUCGGAGGGCCCUACACUCGACGAUCGUCAAUCCACUGCCAUUGAAAGGCCCUCCGUUGAAGUCGAGACCGAGCAAUCAGGCCAGAAAGCCGAAGAAAGCUCUCGUUCAAUUGCGACGCAACCCUCGAUCGAGAAGAACCUUGGCGCUGUGGAAACCAAACAGCCCGAAGGAGACAUUUCAGAUCCGUUCGCCAGCAGCGAAACUCCUUUGUUUGCACCGAAGCCCGUCCACGAGAUCCCUUCCUCUAUCUUCGGUCCCACCGAUGUAGAGCGACGACUUCCUAGCCCUGAAACCUGCGAGCUUCGACGCAGUCCAUCCAUUCAUGGGCGGCCCAACCAUCCUCCCCGAUCAUGGUCUCUGGAGGAUACUGCUCCCAUUACAGACCCUAGAACAACGUCGCCUUCCGGCUUCGGUGGGCAACUAGGAACCAGCAAGGACAUGGGGUCCCCUCCUCGGACCCCCUUACAGACCAUUACUGAGCAAGAGCCAGGGGAAGGCAGCCGGGGCAGGGGCACCACAGGCCCUGAGGGCGGCACGCCUCGUCUGGAGAUAAAGCCCGAGCAUAUCCUCCCCCGACCUGAGACUCCGGUGCGCAAGUUUACAGACAACGCGCUAUCCCGCCAGGCGUGGCCUACGCCAGAGAAAGGUACGCCUACCAGCGAAGAUGGAGGGGAUGUCGCCGUGAGAAAACCGCGACAGGCGGGCAAGAAAUUCUCGGCGGAAAUCCUACAGACUCCGGAGCAAGGCAUGCCGAUCCUGAGGCCCACCGACAGCGUGAACAGCCUUCGGAGCGCGCAGAGCCAGCGAUCGCUGCGACGAAUGAACCGAAGCACUAGCGGCGAUUUGCGGGCGGCGGCCAACCAACCGGCGGGAAGUCCCCAACCUCCCGCAGCCGCUUCGCCCCCUCUUCCGUCCGACGUGAACUUCGAGCGCAUCGCUUCCUCUUCUUCCUACGACCCCGUCACGGACAAGGGCAAACGCCCCCUGCGAACCAUGACGGAUGUCUAUGAGGGAUGGGGGGAGACGCCGAGCUCACCCCGGUCGCCUAGCCGACCGCCCAGCGUCCGGCACCGUCGCAGCAUGCAACACCUCCAAGAACUCGAAUCUCGUCUCGAUCAACUCGUCUCGGAAAAUCGCCUUCUCAUAGCUGCGCGUGAAUCGGCCGAGGAAAAAUUGCAGAAAACCAGUGUCGCUCGUCGCAGGAGCGACCGUGCCCUCGAUACACGCGAUGCUGACCUGCGGGACAGGGAAGCUGAGGUGGAACAGCUCAGGAGCUCGGUGGACUGGCUUCAGAAGGAAGUCUCUCGAUUGAAUCAGGAAAAUGAAGGGCUGAACUCCUCCAAUUCUCACCUCGUUGCCCUCCAUGCGACCGAGAUUCAGACGGUGCGAGAAUCAUCCGUUCGCGAACUGGACGACUUGCGCCUACAAAACAGACAGCUGUCGAAGAACAUGCAAGACAAGAUACGACAAGAAGUCGAUGCUGCAUUGGCUCAGAAAAACAUGGAACUGCGCCGACUACGUGAGGAGCUCGAAAAUGCGCGCGACAAAGUGAAAGAGCUACAGCAACAGAUCGCCGCCUCGAUGAACGAAAACGUCCUGGUCUUCCGCGACGAAGACUACUUCGAUGCCGCCUGUCAGAAGCUGUGCGGCCACGUGCAACAAUGGGUACUACGAUUCUCCAAGCACUCCGACCAUCGCCGCUGCCGCAAGCUUGGUGACCUACAAGACGAGAAGAUUGCCGACCGCUUUGACAAUGCUAUCCUGGACGGCUCGGAUGUCGACGCGUACCUUGCCGACCGGGUACGACGGCGCGACGUAUUUAUGUCGGUUGUAAUGACAAUGGUGUGGGAGUUUGUCUUCACGCGAUAUCUAUUCGGCAUGGAUCGGGAACAGCGACAAAAGCUCAAGUCUCUGGAGAAACAAUUGACGGAGGUUGGUCAGCGCGGCGCCAUUCACCGAUGGCGUGCCACCACCCUCACUCUCCUGUCGAAGCGUCCCACCUUUUCCCGCCAGCGCGACAACGACACCGAAGCUGUCGCGUUGGAGAUCUUCGAUACCUUGUCGCGUCUACUGCCCCCGCCCACGAACGUGGAAUCUCAACUCCUUGACUCGCUACGCAAGGUGCUCCGGGUGGCAGUCAAUUUGUCCAUUGAGAUGCGCACGCAGCUCGCCGAAUAUAUCAUGCUGCCUCCGCUGCAACCCGAGUACGACACGAACGGCGACCUCGCCCGACAAGUCUUCUUCAAUGCAUCUCUCAUGAAUGAGCGCAGCGGGGAGACCACUUCGAACGAGGAAUUGGAAUCCCAACAGGCCGUGGUCCGGGUUGUCCUGUUCCCCCUCGUGGUGAAGAAGGGCAAUGAUACGGGCGACGGCGAAGACGAAGUAGUCGUCUGUCCAGCACAAGUGCUUACUGCGCGCCCAUUUAAAGACAAAAGGGUGUCAAAGAUGAUGAGUGGGGACCGCAUGUCCCUAGAUGCCAACAAAUCCGUCCACAGUGUCGCCCCGUCAUCUAAUUUAGACAUGAGCAAUGUGAUCUGA